AUGCGAAUCGUUCCACCGUACGUCAUGUACAAUAGUAACAGCGACGCUUUUUAUAGGUAUUACAUCGAUCUACCGAACGAUAUCGCAUCGUUCGCGAAUUUCGAUCAGAAAUACCGGCAUUUGAACCCGAAUAUUGAACUUUUUUUUCUACGAAUCGGACAGUGCUGUGGGAUCAGUCCAGCAAGGCUAACAAUAAGAUCUUUAAAAAUUGAAAAUGAAACCGAAGUAGUGAACUUCACUGUCGCGUACCCGGGGCCGAGCGGUUUCACGAUAAUGAUGCUGAAGAGAAGGAAGCAAGUCUCGGUCCUUCAAGUUCCUAAUGAUCCUGGAGAUCGACUGGUCUGGAUAAGUUUUGCGUUCGCCUUCCUCUUGCCGAUAUUUCUAUUAUAUAUUCUCGAGAGAUACUCGCCCUUUAGCUACCGGAACAAUCGAGCAAAGUAUCGGAACGAGGCGGACGAUCGAUUCUCCUCGUUGAUGGGGUGGAGGGGAACUGCCGAAAAAUUUAUCAGGAAAAAUAGCGACCUGAGCCUGGAUUCGGUGGCUGUUCGACUUCGUCAUCGUCGCCGCUGUUCAAUCUCGCUGGCUUAUGAGAUUCGAGAACGGCUGGAGGAAAGCAUCGAGUCCAUCGACGAUCUUAGAAAGCACCAUCGAGUUCGCUACUCCUCAGCCUUUUUUCCCGGGUAUUUUUUAACAGUGACGAAGCUAGAAAAUUGUUUCCGCUGGGUGCUGCAGACAUAUGACGUUGGACGAGAAUACACCAACAGACCGGGACAGAUCCGAUUACGUCGUGUGGGAUUAUCCGUUAGAGGACAAGUUCACGACGAUGUAUUUUGCGAUGAAAGGCGCGGGAUUUGUUCCGAGCGUGGAGCAUGCGGUGAAGGUGGCCCGCAAUGUAAACCGCACUUACGAAUUCGCUCUUAUAGCGGAUGCUAUCGCCAUGAAGUAUCUCGUGCUAACGAACUGCUACCUCAAACAGAUCGGCGGAGAGUUUCGGCAAGAAAUCUUGAACGAAGAUUAAACGCUCUGGAGAAGAAACGAUGGGACAAAAGUCCUUUGAGAGCGAUAAGAAUUUUAACGCGACCUCGACAAUUUGUCGUCGUAAUAUCCUUCUCGGCGUAUCGCUCGCCACUCACUUCUGAUACUCGGCAUUCAGUAUACUGCUGGUAUCGCUAUCAGUUAGAUAGAAGAAUAAAAAAAAAAGUGGGUCUCUUUGUGAAAACACGAUCGAGCCCUCAUAAAAGACUCGUGGGAUUCGCUAUCGCCGUGUGCGGUUACCUUGGAUUUUGCGGGGAGUUUGCGGUCCACGGGCAGGAGAAUACGACGAGCGAUCGAGUGCCUACGAGGACGAGACCUGAAACAAACAAAGUUGCAAACAGUAGCGUGAUAUCGGCGUUGGAGACGAUCAAGGAAAAGUACCCGGGUCAUUUAGGCAAAGUGUGGAGCGUGCAAGUGAAUGAAUCCGAUGUAAACGGCACCCUCGAUCGUAUUUGCAGUGCUUGGGAUUCCGCGGUGGGAAAGGGUGGGACCAGAGUCCCGGACUUGGUGAUGGACACGACGACGGCCGGUUUGGCUGCCAAGAUAUCUAACUCAUUCACAGCUGCUCUAGGAAUUCCCACGUUAUCCGCUCAAUACGGUCAAGAAGGGGAUCUUCUGUACUGGAGGAACUUGAACAUGGACCAGCAAGGAUAUCUGAUUCAAGUAAUGCCACCGGCAGAUUUGAUACCGCAGGCAAUCAGAGAGCUGUGCGUCCAACUGAACAUUUCGAACGCCGCGAUUCUGUACGACCAGAACUUCGUCAUGGAUCAUAAGUACAAGAGUCUGUUGUUGAACGUGGCGACCAGGCACGUGAUCAACGAAAUCGAUCCAGAGUUAGGGGGAAUGAAAAAGCAGUUGUCCAGCUUACGGGACUUGGAUAUAGUGAACUAUUUCGUCCUAGGUGACGAGAAUGUCAUCAAUGCGGCCCUGGAAACCGCAGAAGCGUCGAACUUCACCGGCAAGAAGUUCGGUUGGUUCUUAUUGACGCCGGAGAUCAACGUUUCGCCGAACUGCGACUGUAAAAAUAUCAGCGCCCUCUUCAUGAGGCCAGAAUUCAGCAAGAAAAAUCCAACGACCGAGCCCUCGUUGCCGAAACCGGUUAUUUCUUCCGCGUUCUAUUACGACCUGCUACAACUCGGCGUCCACGCGAUGAAAUCGGCAUUGGACAACGGAGAUUGGCCAAUGGAGCCUAAGCACAUCACCUGCGACGAGUACGAUAAUACCAACACUCCGAAAAGGAAGUUGAACUUUUUCAAUAGAUUAAAAGAAGCUUACAAGAAUAUGACACCGACUUACGCCGGGAUUAAAUGGGGAUCGAAGAAUGGAGAACACCAGGCCAAGUUCGACAUGUCUGUUCAUUUGAUUGAUGUAAAAGAUGGGGUUGUUUCGAACGACGUCGAGGGUGGGUCUUGGAACGCGAGCAUCUCAACGCCAUUGCAGAUAACGAACAACGACGUGAUGAACAUCACGGCGGUGAAGAGCUACCGUGUAGUUACCAUACUUCAGCCGCCAUUUGUGAUGUACAACGCAGACAAUAAUGAGUACUACGGUUUCUGUAUCGACCUGCUGAACGAGAUCCAAGACACGGUGGAUUUUCAGUACGAAAUACGACAGGUCGAGGACAAACAAUUUGGAAAUCUAAGUCCGAAUGGGAGCUGGAACGGGAUGAUGAAGGAGCUGAUCGAGAAACGAGCUGAUAUCGCUCUUGGUUCGUUGUGGGUCACGGCCGAGCGUGAAAGGGUAGUCGAUUUCACGGUGCCUUACUACGAUCUCGUCGGCCUGUCCAUCAUGAUGUUGAAAACGAAAACCACCACCUCGUUGUUUAAAUUCCUCACGGUGCUGGAGAGCGAGGUCUGGUUCUGCAUUUUGGCCGCUUACCUUUUCACCAGUGUCCUGUUGUGGAUCUUCGAUCGUUGGUCGCCGUACAGCUACCAGAACAACCGAGAGAAAUACAAGAACGACGACGAGAAAAGGGAGUUCAACUUGAGGGAGUGUUUCUGGUUUUGUAUGACCUCGUUGACGCCGCAGGGUGGCGGAGAAGCCCCGAAAAAUCUGUCUGGACGACUGGUCGCUGCCACUUGGUGGCUGUUCGGAUUUAUAAUCAUCGCCUCGUACACGGCGAAUUUGGCUGCGUUUCUGACCGUGUCCAGGCUGGAGAUUCCAAUCGAGACGUUGGAGGACCUCAGCAAACAAUAUAAGAUUCAGUACGCACCGGUGUUGAAUUCCUCGGCUUACGUUUACUUCAAAAGAAUGGCUGCCAUUGAGUUGAGCAUCUGGAAGAACAUGAGCCUUAAUGAUAAUUUAUCGGAUAUAGAGAGGGCUGAACUGGCAGUGUGGGACUACCCCGUUAGUGACAAGUAUACAAAAAUGUUGCAAGCCAUGGAGGAGGCCGGUUUCCCGAGCUCCAUCGAUGAAGCGGUACAACGAGUUCGACGUCUCAGAACGAACAACGAAUUCGCUUAUAUCGGAGAUUCAACGAUCAUUAAAUACCUUACUAUGACGAACUGCGACCUGGUUCAAGUAGGCGAGGAUUUUUCAAGGAAGCCUUACGCUAUCGCCGUUCAACAAGGAUCGCCAUUGAAGGACGCGUUUAACAAUGCAAUUUUGACACUAUUGAACAAGAGGAAAUUGGAGAAAUUAAAGGACAAGUGGUGGAAAAAGAACCCAAAGAGGAAAGACUGCGAUGCAGAGAACAGUCAAAGUGACGGUAUAAGCAUUCAGAAUAUCGGAGGUGUGUUCGUAGUCAUAUUUUUAGGCAUUAUUUUUGCUUGUUUCACAUUGGCCUUCGAGUACUGGUAUUAUCGACAUCGUACAAAGAUUACGAACAUCAAUCGAAACAGCAUGACUAAGGGCAAAGUCACGCAAGUGAAACCGCUCAGAUUCAAUUUACAGCCGGCGCCUACGCAC